AUGUUUUCCCGGGCCGCUAAGUCCAUCGUGAAAACCAUCGGUCAGCAGAAAUUCCACGCUGGUGAAGAGAACAUCAAGCUGGCGAUGGUUGGAGGUGCAGGGGAAAUUGGACGAUCUCUCUCGCAGAUGCUGAAACAAACUUCGAAGCUCGACGUACUCGCGCUAUACGACGUGGCCGCAUUGAACAAACGACACGCAGCGCACAUCAAACCGAAAACCUUCAGCAACGGCCAGCCGAAUGCGAAUUCGCGUAUGUUAACGAUGCUGGAGAAAUCGAGGACGAGCAAAGGUGAUUACCUUCCUAUGCACGAGGUAAAUACAAAAUAGCAGUACAUAUUUGCUUCAAGCUGAAUUUACGGAUUGAACAGUAGACUAAUUAUAAAAAUGUAUUUUGUUAAGAAGGAGACAGGAGAGCUGGUGGAAAGUCUGCGUCGUCUGCCGAUCGCUGAGGAGUGUGCCACGAGCCCGGCGCCGAGGCCAGCGGUAGGGUCACAGGGGGACAACGCGUAUGGUAGCAAGCUACGAAGCCCUCGAGUUCUCGCCGAAAUGGGGCCCGUUAUCCGGGACGCCGGCGACGACUGUGUUCGCAUCGCUUCCGAGAUCCGUAGACAUUUUUCUAAUUUCGCAACACAGAGCCGUCAGAAUACUAUUGACGGUAACGUCGCUGCGUUCGCGCGACGACAGUACUCGACCCUCGUGUUGUUGCCCGAUGGAAACCGCAUGCAGCACGCUGACACGCAUGCCUUUAUCGCGGCCAACGCGAAGUCGUCAAGAAACGUGGACAAAAUUGCCGCAUCGUUGAAAAAUACCGGCUCGAUGGAUAAAAAAAAUUAUUUGAAGAAGAAAGAUUUCGGCAAGAAGCUGAAUAUGAUUUCUUCGGAGCAAAUCGCGGAGAAGAAAGUGACCGAGAAUUUUUUAAUAACACAAAAGUGCAACGAUAAGAAGAAGAUACGCGUGAAAAAAUUCAACGAGGUGAAGAUCGUCGAGGAUGCGACGAGCAAGAUCAUUGGACGGCCGAGUAAUUUGGGAAAACCGAAGAACUGGACUAUCCCUGCAGCCCUGGGCGACAAGAAACCAAAAAUGUUGUACGGAUUGGUCCGACAGAGACGAAAACCGCUAGCUAAUUUCUUCUUUAGAUUCCUGGACGUCCAGGAAGCGAUCGCGGAUCGUCGUAACAGUAACUACACUGGCUGCAAGAUCGAUAAACUGUACGUGCGAAAUCAGAAUCAAAUCAAACCGAUUGGAGUUACAAGUCAGAAGAAAUUCGGUACGAAGCUACCCGAAGAGAGGAUGAACGUGACCACUUCUGUAACCGAUUUGCCGCCUGAAACAAUUGAAAACGUGAAUGCCCCGGGCGACGACAAUUCAAACUUGCUAGAAACGUUCACGGGAACUGGGAACCCGAUCUCUGUGGAACAAUCAUCGACGGGAAAUUCUGAAAUGAGCGUGGGUAGGACUACAUCCAGCUACGAAUCUGAAAACGAACGAAUGAGCAACGAGUCUCUGUCGACGGUGCAGAAAGUGUCGUCGAAGAUCGCGCAGUUCCUCGAGACUCUAAAAAGCAACAGGCGAAGGUCGAGCUCUACGACGAGUUUGGUUUCGUACAAUCUUGACACAUUGUUCGCCACCGAGGAAAUGGCACCGGCCUUCGACGGGAUUCUCGUGGAACCCUCUGAUCGUUCAAAAGACAUUGUACUGUUUGGAAAGAAGAAGGAUCCGCCAGCCGAGAGUCAAGGCAAACAAAUCUACGGCCAAACUAUAUGCAAGGAGGAUGACAAAAAAAAGGACAAGAAAGAAAAGAAGAAACCAACACCCUGCAAAGAACGACAGGAUGAUUGCAAGAAGAGGGAACCUAAAUGCAAAAAGAGGGAGAAGUGCAAGAAACCAGACCCUUGCAAAAAGGAGACUCCUAAGAGAGACCCUUGCAAGAAAGAUACGACUAAAAAGGAGAGACCAAAGUGUAAGCCAAGGAGGACCGAGAAGUGCGGCAAGCCGGAACAGCCAGCUAAGUGUCCACCGGUGGUACGUGCGCCAGGGUGCAAAGACAGCGGGAAACCAGGUAAAGGUUGCAAGAAGUACUCGACUCUUGCCUUUCAUAUGGAUUACAAGAGUGUCUUCAGCGUGGACAACAUAAAGAAUAUUCUGAACCGUUCCAUGAUAAAACGAGAACGCAUCAACAACUAA